AUUAAAACGGACCGCGUAAUUCAGUUAGCAGACGAAUAUUUCUAUCGGCCAUAUCAGAAAUAGGUAAGAACUAACAGAAGGAUUACGACUGAUUGUCUCGAUGUUUGAAAAUGAACGGAAACGAUAUUUCAAGAUUAUCGUAUAAGGAAUUGCAGGCCUUAGCUCUUAGAUACCGAGUACCAGGUAACAUAAAGAAGAAAUUACUGGUUAAAGUGUUGCAAGCCGCGAAAGGUGGAAAUGAAAACGAAGUUGGCCGACUAUUGCAAGAUCUUAAGCAAACUCGUAAGAAGAAAGUAAGAAAAAUUAAAGUCAGAAAAUUGGGGUUAACCUCCACACCAUUAAACAGUCCAGAUUACGUUAUGGCCGAUGAUUAUUAUUGUCCUCAGCAGCAACCACCUUAUCAAUGGGUUGGAGCAGAAGAGGAAAUUGCAAGUAGAGAUAAUGAUGAUCAUAGAAUUCCACACUAUGAAGAGUUUAAACAAUUUUUGUUAAAGAGAAUACAGAGAGAAUUUCAAACAUAUGAUGCAAAUAAUAAUCAAAUAGAGAAUUCAACUAUAGUGGACUUAAGAACAGUACCUGUUUCAUCUGAUACAUCUAAAGAUCCUUUGAAUGACUCUAAUUAUAUUAAAUCUAAUAUAAUUGCUGUUAACAAUACAGAUUCUUUUGUGUAUCAACCAAAUGAUAAUGUAGAAUAUCAAACACUAGAAGAUACAAAUAACAAUGAGCAAGGAUCUAUACUAUUAAAAAAAAUGUUGCAGGCACCAGUGGGUGCAAAUUUGGGAGAAAUAGCUAGUCCUGUCCUUGGAAGCUACCGGCUUUGGUCAAUGGAGCAAUAUCAGUCUAACAGUUUACUAGAUAAUUCUGAUACAUUAACUGCUGAAUCAGAUAAUCAAGACAAUGAGGAAAAUUUAGAAAGCAAUACAGAAUGUUAUGGACUUCUAAGUGGCACUAAGGGAGAAUACUUUUUAAAUGAGUCAACAUUUGUGAAAAAUGUUGAGGAAAUUGGUCAACAAAUUUCCACUGUUUUAACAAAUGUAAAUGGCAAUGAAUAUAAAUACCCUUCCACAAACAUUGAUAUGCAUCAAGAAUAUGAAAAUUGGACCAUCACUAAUGUCAUGGAGGGAACAGAUAACAGUUGUGUAUCAGAUGUUGAAACAUCAAAAGUAUUUCAACCUAUAUAUUAUGAUAAUAUGGAGUCUGACACUGCAAAUAAACCUGUAAGUGAUGGAAAUUUAACACACCAAUAUAGAGUGACAGAAAACGUACAUCCUUACCAUACAAAUCAAACUUUAUUGGGUCUGAACCCAUCAGAAGAAAAUCAGUAUUAUGACACACAGGUCAUUUCCAGUGUACAAUCUGAUUGUACUAAUACAUAUUAUUUACAAAAUUUAAUCAAAGGUAGUACAGAAACUAAUGUAGAAUAUUUACAAACUACACAUUCAUUUACAAAUGCAAAUAUGGAUCAAGACACAUACACAUCUACUAUUUCUCAAACAUUUUCUACUAAUAACCACUACAAUUCUGAUCUACCGUAUGAAUACUCAAAUUCACAAAAUAAUCAGGCAAGUAUCCCACUAUCUGGACAUUCAGAACAAUGUGAACAAAAUUGUAAUUCCACACAAACUAAAUUCAAUCAUGAAAAAAAUACAUCAGGUACAAUAGAAAAGGCACAAACAAAUGGCAUACUACACCCUUUUUGGCCCAAAAAAAUGUCUAAAAUUUCAACAGAUUCAAUUUUGGAGAAUAUCUUAAAUUUUAUUAAUACCAAACGUAUAGAUUUCUCAAAAUUAGAACAAACAUCUUGUGUAUAUUGUUACAUAGCUCCUAUUGUCACACAUACACCAGUAUCAUCAAAUAUAUCGUGUUCUCAAAAAGAGAAGUUUGUUGCAGAAUAUAGGCAACAUUCCUUUUCUCCAUGUUGGUUACUCUAUAACGAUACUUCGUGCGGAAUGCGCAUGGCUAAUUUACAAUCAAAAUUCGAAGAGACUGUGGUAGAAGACUCGCGAGUUCUUUACACACCAUCAUCAAACAGUAAUUCAGACUUAAAGGACUCAAUUGAGGAAAACGAGGAUUCGAUUACUGACGUAUGGUCACAUAAUUAUGCAAAUUACGAAACGACAACAGAAAAAGAUGCGCAUAUAUGCGAAGAUUUAAACGUUGAAGUUACAGACUGUUUAUUUUCAGUGAUAAAUACUGAACCACUGGUCAAUCAGGUGGACAAUAUUUCUAAGAGCCAAACUCAAUAAAAAGAAAAAUUGAUAUGUAUUAUUGUAUUGAUGGUACAUAGAAUUGAAAAAAAGGAAAUAAUUACACAUUAUUUGUAUAUUUAAUAGAAGGAUUGAAUCUAAUGGGAGAAAUAGUUCAUUAUGUUAUAAUAAUCAUGUAAAUUUAUUUUUUCAAUGUUAAUGAACAUGAAAUGUUGUUGUUAAUUAUGAAGAAAUAGAAAUCGUAAUAAACGCGAAAGGAAAAUGAAAUUUUCAUUUUCUUAACGUUGGUGCUUUUGUUAAUAUUGAGUUUUGUUAAUACAAACUCGUCGAAAAUCAUUCAAAAAUGAUGUAUUUGAUAUAGGUAAAAAUACGUACUGUUACUUUUGUAAAUGGAGGACGAAGAAAUGAACGAAGAGAAGAUCGAUAGCGGUAAAAAUCGCUUUAAAAAGUAACUUAACAUUUGUUUGAAGUACAAUACCAAAUGUUUGUUUCGUUCAUUGCCUUUAUCCUUGAUUAAUAUAUGUAUUAUUAUAUAUUUGAGUAAGAAAUAAAUGAUAA